CCGUUUGUCUCCUCAGAAGUGGAUCUUCGCACGUUAUGAAUGUAGAGACUGUGAGGGAAAACCGCCACUUCUUUGCAUAUGCUUUCGGUGCAUACCAGAAACACCAACUCCAAGCAUCCCAACCCACUCUCUCUCUCUCUCUCUCUGUCUUCCUUGUUUUCAUCCUUAGCUUCAAGCUUUAACUUCUCUGUGCGUCUGUCUGUAUGCAAUUAUGAUCAUGUCAUAGCUUUGCGUUUGGAAAAGCAGAAAACUUUUUUUUAAAAAAUGGUUUCCUGCUAUGUUUCAUUCAGAGUAGUGGUUUCUCUAUCCAUUCUGUUUCUCUUUGCCCGCUUUAGACUCCAUAUCUGAACAAAAAGUCUCAUCCUUUCCUUUAUAAACAAGCUUGUUGUAGUAGUAAAUGAAAAUUAAAUAGUCCUACGUCUUUUGGUAGGAUUUUUUUUUUUUUUUGGUUAGAUUUACAAAAAAGAGUGUUUUUUAUUUUGAUUUAUGUGCUUAUAUAUUCGAAAAAAAUUCAAGUUCUGGAUUUCAUAGAGGAUGUGCGAGCCUGAAUCCCGUUUGUCAGUGCUUCGAUGUUGGAAAUUCCGAAAUGUAGUGGAAUGAGAAACUGUUUGAAGCUUGCAAGCUCCCUUUUUUUUGUUUUUUCGCUUCUGGAGUUGUGGGUAUUUUUCAAAUCAAGUAUUUAGAAGACAUUUGCAUCUUUUUGGAAGGUGCAUUGGGUUCAAGACGCUGAAAGGGUCGCUGAUUUGACGGUUUUGAUGAGUUUUGGCUCAGACCCAUGAAGAAUUUCUACUGGUUUAAGCAGAUUUCCAACAAUGGGAAAUCGGAGAGGAGGCUCUCGCUCGGAGAGUACAAGCGGGCGGUGUCGUGGUCCAAGUACUUGGUGUCGUCGGGUGCGUCAAUCAAGGGGGAGGGAGAGGAGGAAUGGAGCGCAGAUAUGUCGCAGUUAUUCAUCGGGAGCAAAUUUGCCUCAGGGAGGCAUAGUAGGAUCUAUAGAGGGAUAUAUAAGCAGAGGGAUGUGGCUAUUAAGCUGAUAAGCCAGCCGGAGGAGGACGAGAACUUGGCUGUUAUGCUUGAAAAGCAGUUCAUUUCGGAGGUUGCUUUGCUAUUUCGGUUGCGCCAUCCGAAUAUCAUCACUUUUGUUGCAGCAUGCAAGAAAACUCCCGUGUUCUGUAUCAUCACUGAGUAUUUGGCUGGGGGAUCAUUAAGGAAAUACCUCCAUCACCAGGAUCCUCAUUCUGUUCCACUCAACCUAGUUCUGAAAUUAGCCCUUGACAUUGCACGUGGGAUGCAAUAUCUUCAUUCUCAGGGAAUACUUCACAGGGAUCUGAAAUCAGAAAAUCUACUGCUAGGGGAAGAUAUGUGUGUGAAGGUAGCAGAUUUUGGUAUUUCAUGCUUAGAGUCUCAGUGUGGUAGUACAAAGGGUUUCACAGGCACUUACCGUUGGAUGGCUCCUGAAAUGAUAAAAGAAAAACAGCACACAAAGAAAGUUGAUGUUUACAGUUUUGGCAUUGUUCUGUGGGAGCUUUUAACUGCAUUGACACCAUUUGACAACAUGACUCCAGAACAAGCUGCAUAUGCAGUCUCCCAUAAGAAUGCAAGACCACCAUUGCCACCCACAUGUCCUGUGGCAUUGAGUCAUCUCAUCAACAGAUGCUGGUCAAGCAAUCCAGACAAAAGACCACAUUUUGAUGAGAUCGUUUCUAUCUUGGAAAGUUACGGCGAAUCACUUGAGCGCGAUCCUGAAUUUUUCUCAUCCUUCAAACCCUCCUCUGAUCACACUUUGUUGAGAUGCUUACCAAAAUGUAUUGCUCGCCAUGGAUCUCCUUUUAAAGCUUAGAGCCCCUUCUUUAACUACCUAUGAUGCAAAAGUGUAUCAUAUAUUUGUCUAGGCUUUUUAUGUUGAUCACUUAUUAUUUUACAAACCCUUCAAAACAUUUUCCAUUCUUGUUUCUUGUUUUGUGUAAUAUAUUUUGGAACUUAAAGCAGUUCCUUCCUUUGA